UGCGCGAAAUGGACCUCUCCGUACAAAAUCGGGUCGACCGUUUGAAUGAGCGACAAAAGGGCUUCUUUGGCAAUUGCAAGAAGGUCAAAGUGGGCGAACGGGACGAGGAGUUCCAGAAGAUCCGGGCCGAAUACACCAAAGUGAUUGAGGACUCCAAUGAGAAGAUCCAAAAUGCCGAGGAGUGCUACAACUUAGUCGAUCGCCCUCAGGUUCCAACACAUACCCGCUUCAGCACAUGGGUGCGGGUGGUAGUGCCAUUGCCGCGGCCGCUUCCCAGGCCAUCGCUGCCACUCAACAAUUCGUGCCUGGUCGCCGAACUUCGAGCUUGAAGGCGUCCUAUGAAGCCAUCAACCUCGGGGUGCAAACCCACGAGUUCUCCAUUGGGCGGGAGUUGGCCGGUGCCGCUCAAUCGGCCAUUGCGGCCACGCUGCCGGGCACCUCGGCCGAUGGGGGUCCGCCCGUCAAACGUCAGAAAUCCAACAAGCGUAACCAAAACAUUGACCCAGGUACCAGCCAGCCCAUGUUGGAUGUGGUCAAUAGCGGAUCCCUGAUGGACGAGUCCCUGAUCGACGGGGGAUUGUCUGGAUCACCCUCGGCCGAGGAUCUCUUGGGAGGGGCCGGGGGGCGAGAUGCAGAGGAUUGGAACUACGAUCCCAGCGAGCCCAGAUAUUGCGUGUGUAAUCAAGUAUCAUAUGGCGAUAUGGUGGCAUGCGACAACGAGGCUUGUCCUUACGAAUGGUUCCAUUACCCUUGUGUUGCCAUCACAGCACCACCCAAAGGCAAAUGGUUCUGUCCUACAUGUUUGGCUCGACGAAAAAGUGGUCGCAAGUGAGGGAUUUGUCAGCAUUUUACAGCACCGAUGAUUGUUUCGAAUAUCCUCUCAACGAAAAAAGAAAAGAAUACAACCAACUAUGCUCAUUUA